ACGCUGCGGUCACUCAGAGCGGAAAGAAACACAGAAAAUAAUUCGCAAUCAUUUUCAACUCUUUUGGGUGAAAUGUCAUCAAAAAAUAAUGUCUAUCCACCAUUGGAUAAUCAGCGACAAAUGGGCGACGCCCCGCCUCAAUAUGGCGACAUAGCGUCGGCUACGGCACCCACAAUGAUACCGAUGGAGGGACCACCCCCCACCCAAAAUACUAAUCAUCCUAUACAUUUGCAGCCCUCUGUGAUAGUGGGCCAACAGCCACCUGUUUAUAUAGUUCAAAAUGAAGUGCCAGUCGUCAACCACUUGGGAAGUGUUCCCACCAUGGUUACUUGCCCCUCAUGUCAUGCCCGUCAAGUGUCGAAUGUGAAAUAUGACGCCAGCACCAAGACGCAUUUGUUUGCUCUUGGAAUUUGUCUGGUUGGUGGCUGUUGCUGUGCCUGUAUUCCGUAUUGUGUCGAUUCCUGCCAGAGUGCCCAACAUUCCUGCAGCAGCUGUGGCGCCUAUUUGGGUUCCUAUCAGAAUUAAACAACAACAAUUAUCUCUGUAAAUGUUUUUUAAAUUGUCAAAAUAUUUUUUAUGCACAUAAUUGAGUUUAUCACAAAAUAUAUAAAUAAAGCUCUUCAUUCUUUAAUAUACAA